AUUUUUUUUACACUAAGAUUUUUAGUUUAUAUUAAUCAUGGAAAAAUCAAAGUCAAGCAAGAAAAGUAAAAAAGAUCGUUCACGAUCAUUUCAUAGAAAUAAAAAACAAAUUGUUGAUGAUACUACAACUUUAGAAGAAUUUGAGUGUCUUCUUGGUGAAUCACCAGCUAAUUAUGUUCAAAUUCAGAGUGUUGAUAAUAUGGAAAGUGAACUUCAUUCAGCAGCAAUUGACAAUGAACUCCAUGAAAAAGUUAAUACACAAGUGUCAAUAACUGAUGAAAAUAAAAAAGUUUCAUUACAGAAAGAAAUAUUAAAACAAGAUAUUGAGCAAAAGACAAUUGAAGAGUCAUCAUGCAAUGAUGAUAUGCUAGAAUCUUUACCAACAGCACCACCACUGCCACCAGAAAAUAUCGAAGAUACUGUGACACUGCCAGCCAAUCUACCAUCACCACGAUUAAUUAUCGAACAUAAUACUAAUACUAAUUUAGUAACACCAAAAAAAGUUGAACCAACAAUUAUCGAGACAAGUAAAUCGAGCAAUACGACUGAAAUAUUACCAUUUACAGAUGCUCAAUUAAUAUCACUGUAUAAUAAUAAAGAAUUAUCACUCGUUGAAUCAUUUAUAACUGAAUUUAUUGAAACUCAACUUUGUCGUAAUAGUUAUCUUCAACAACAUCGACUAUAUGAUUUAUUAACGUGUUAUCUUCGUGUACGAAAUAAAUUACAAACAAAUUCUCAUGACCUUGAAUGCAUUAAAAAAAAAUGCAUAGAGGUUCGGGGAUAUUUGUGGCAUUUGGAAAAAACAUCAAUAACUGAAUCGGGUGAGUGUCAAGAUGGUAAUCCAGUAAAUGCAACUCAUGAAUACUCGACUGCUUGGCUUAGCCAGGAUGCCUUAAAACUAUUAACCAAAUUUCUAAGUAAAAUCAAAGAGUUACUUCAUAAUAUUCAAGCACUUCAUUCAUACGAAGCAGAAACUCUUAAAUUACAAAUUGAACAAUAUGUUCAAAGAGUUUGUUUGUCGUGUAAAGAUGCAAUGAAAUUACCACAAAAUGCACCAGUUAAUUUAUUGUCAUCAAUGACAAUGUCACAAUUUACAGAGUUACGUAUGUGCAUAACAAUACUUUUUAGUUUUCAACGACGAAUGAUUAAUGAUAAUAAAUUUGUGAUGGAUUCAAGAGAAUGGUUAUCACAACUUGUGGCGAUUUUACUUCGUCUAGCAACAUGGCAAGAUCAUCAAUUUAUAUUGAAUCAUGUAUUGCGAUGUCCAGGAGGUGUUACAAAAUGGGCAGCUGGUUUUAUUCAAGCACCAAAUGUACCACGAAGUCAAACACACACUGCUUCACCUUUUAGUGAUCCGUAUUUAGAUCACAUGGUUGCAACUCUUGCUGUCAUUCUGUUACCAGUAAAAGAACGAGAAAAAUUUCUUGAACAAGUACGAGAGUCGGUACAAAAUAUGACAGACAAUUCAACUGUUGAUACUGUUUGGGUUGUGCUGGAUGAAGAUGGUGAGGAAGACGAGGAUAUUUCUAGUACUGGUGGAAAUUUGUCUGAGGCUGAUAUUAUAAUGCUUGUUAAACAAGUACCACUUGGAAAAAUAUUUGAACAAGUAUUGUUAAUUGAAAAACAAGGUGAAAAUUAUCGACAAGAAACAAAUAAUAUAACUGAGCAUCAUAUGUUGAGAUUAUUUGCUUUUUCUUCAAUACUUGUACGUUUAUUUAGACAAGGACUUCGAACUUACAAUUCACCAAAAUACAGACAACUUGCAAAAUUACUCAGUAGCAUGAUUAGAGAUGUUGUGCAAUAUGUUAAUGAUCAGUGGGAAGUUUUUUUAAAUAUUCAAACUAUCACUGUUGAUUCAGUUUUGUUUCCUAGAUUACAAACUGAAUUUGAUGAAUUUUUUUUACGUUCUACAAUGUCAAUUAUUUCAUCACGAAGACUUGGUGCAUUACAGUAUCUUGCUGCUAUUCCAUAUCACACUAUAUCUAUAAAUACACUUUGGCGUAUUUUUUAUGCUCUUCAUCAUGACAAUGUAUUUCUUGAAGUUGUUGAUAUUAAUCAAUUUGAAAAUGAGUCUAAAACUGGUAAUUUAUGGAGACAAUUUGAUGAAAAAUUAAGUGAAAUGCAAGAAGAAGAGUCUUAUUUUCUUAUAAGUACUUUUGCAAAUAUGGCACUAGCUAGAUCAGAAUGUGAUAUUGAAUUUAUUUGUGCUACGACAGUUGAUCUUUUUAGAAUUGGUUUUUUAAGUAAAAAGCCACCAGAAUCAACUUCAAAAAAUGCACGUUCACUUUUAUCAAAUCUUACAAUUAAACAUCCAUCACUAUUAUCAACAAUACUUCUUACAUUAAAAGAAAAUUUUGAAUCAUUUGAAAAAUUUGAUUUACAAUUAUUUACAGAGCUUAAUAUUGAUAAAUGGAUACCCGAUGAUAACGACAUAUUCAUAAUAGCUAAUUGGCUUCGUAACAAUACUCUUCAAUCAACAGAAAGUCAUUUAGCAAGAUUAUUAUUAAAAAAUUUAAAUUGGGGACUUGAUAAUAAUAAAAACUUGUAUUUACCUCUUCAACUUCAUUACAAUAUAGCAUUGUUAAUUGUUGAAUUGACAAUGAAAUAUGUGCCAGAUAUGCCAGGAAGUCAAACAGCCUCAUUGCUCAUUGAAGGGGUCAGACAAGUAUCAUCAAUGGUAAGACCACAAAAUAGUGAACAUGUAUUUUCUUUAUGGGCAUGGGAUAUGAUGUGUCGGCUUCGUUUACAUCAACUUGAUCAAUCUGUUACAAUAUGUCAAGAGGUUAUGACUAAUCCUGCUGGUGUAUUUGCUCAUGUUCCUGAUAUAGAUACAAAUACUGCUCUUGAAAUACUUGUUUAUGGACUUAAAGAAAAACAACCAAUUGCUUGUUUUGUAUCUGUCAUGAUGACACUCUUGGGUCACUCAGUUCCAUUGAUAUGUACAACAGGUUUUAGCAAGCUUAAUAUUCUACAAAAUUAUCACAAAUAUAAGCAUAUAUUAAUUGCAUUACAACACAUCAUUCCUUUAUUUUUAGAAUGUCCAGAAUCACUUAUAAAUAAUGAUAAAUUUAUUGAGUUAGUUGUUUCUUUGAUAACUGCUGAUAGAACUUAUGUUAAAAUGGCAAAAAAUCUUAUUGCCUCUGAAUUUCCAGGACCUAUUGUUAAAUAUUUUGCAAAUAUGAUUGAAUCACAUAUGGCUAAUUAUGAAAAAUAUUGUCUAAAUAGUCCCGAGCCUUUUGUUCGUCUUUGGCUUGAAAUAAUAUUUAAAAUACCAAAUUGGAAUCGUGAUCAAAAUGUCAUGUAUAUUAUUGAUUGUAUAUUGCGUACAGCAUUUUUUCAUAUUGAUUCACGUACAACAGCUGAUAUGUUAUUUCUCAUUCAAUAUUCAAUAAUGGGAAAUGAAAAAUCAUCUGGUUCAAUAAGUUCAUUUAUCAAUUGGGCAACAGGCAAUUCAAAUUUAUCAAGUCUAUUAGGUGGUUCUGUUCAUUCAAUUUGGCUUGCAUUUCAAGUUUUAUCAAUUGAACAACAUUCAAGAGAAACAAAUACAGGAUUUUGGCGUGAAUUUCUUCGUGAAUUAUCAAAUCAAUCAAAAACUUCACUUGAUACAGCAAUAAAACGUGCUUGUUUAACUGUUAAAAUUUCACCAUUCAGUUCUGGUGAAUUAUCAAUUUAUCGAUGGUCACAACAAAUUCUUGAUACACCAUUUGAUCAUCCUCUUUUUCCUCUUUUAUGGCAACGUUUUUUUAUUCUCUAUUUGGCCCGUGUACCAACAAAUCCAGGUAUUCCUGAUCGUGGUGGUAUUGGUGAAAAGUUUUUUGAUGGAUUAAUAAAUGGUAAUCAUUUAAAAAAAUUAAAAAAAUAUCUUACUGAAACGAUUAAGUAUUUUGAAAAUAUUAUUGAGUCAAGUAAUGAUAAUGAUGAUAAUGAUAAUAAAGCAAUAAACAACAAUGAAAGACGAGAUUUUGUAAUUCAAACUAUCAAGUAUUAUAAAACUCUAAAUUUGUGGCUUAAUGAAGAACGACUUUUGGAAUCAGGACUGUAUCUUCCUGCCUUGCCACCUCAAUAUAUGUCUCAUAAAUUAACUGCUUUAAUACAGUCUGAUUAUGAUCCAUGGUUGGAGUAUGUAGAUUAUUCUCAAGUACUACAAAGUCAGUUAAAAUCAAAUCAAGAAUGGAAUAAAAUAUCUUACAGAUGUGACAAUGAUUAUGAUGAUGAUAAUAAUUCAAAAUCUUUGUCAUCUUCAAUUGUAACAGCAAUGACACUAGAAUCAUCAGAUCCACUUCAACGUAUUUAUCGUAGAUUAUCAACUUAUGAGUAUUCACAAUCUCCUCCUUCACUUACUAAAAAUACAACUGCAAUUUUUGAUAAUAUAUCUCGUAAUAUUCUUCAUGAAGCUGAUCAAGUAAUUCAAAUAGUUAGACCACAUUUCAAAGCAAUUUUGGAAUAUGCUCAAACAUUUAAUUCAUUAAUAUUAGAGCAUACAGCAGUUGACUGUAGUUUUUUAGAAUUAAUUAAAAAUCUUUAUCAAGAUGUUGAAAAUACAGUUACUUUACAUGCACUGUGUGAUUCAGUAUCAUCAAGUGAUCAUCAACGUUCACGAUCCGGCACACCUCUGACUGUUCAUUGUGCUGGAGCUGCUAUUAUAAAAUUAAGUGUUAAAGAAGCACGAUUAACACCAGGUGUUGAUCAAAUGAUUAUUAAAAAUCGUGGAAAAUAUGAUAAUUUAGUUGUAAAAGCUUGUCAAUUACCAUCUAGCAAAGUUGUUCAAGCUUCAGUUUUUAUCGAUCGUAUUAUUAUGCUGCUUGAAAAUGAAAUAAAUAUACACAGAACAUGUGAAGACACUGAUGCAUUGAAUAAAAUUCAUAUAAGUGGUAUAAAGUUAUUUUAUUAUUUGGUAAAAAAUUACACUGAAGAAGCCUCACUUUGUCCACCAACAAAACAACUUGUAACAGCUUGUAUUGAAAAAUUAGGACAAAUAUUUAUUAGCGGUGAAGAAAAUGAAGGACCACGGCUUCUUGCAACUAUUAUUGAACGUCCAAAUCUUGGUGGUAUGCUUGGGCCACAUUUUACACCAGUAGCUGGUGUUGCAUCAAAAUUUCUUGAAAUGUAUUUGACAAUUGUCAAUUUAUCAACUGGAUCAAAUGUUGAUUUAUGCUUUGUAUUAUUGUCUAAAUUUGAUGUUAACAAUUGGCUCAAUCAUCGACGACCAAGACUCUCAGAACGUUCAACAUUUAUUGAUCUUGUAACAAAAGCACUUUGCGAUAUUGGAUUAAAUCCAGAAGAUAAAAAAUUAAUACUACAUGAAUUAUUUAGAAAUCAUUUAAAACUUGUAUUAUUAUAUGAAUUUCCUGAGCAUUAUGGUGAAGUACUUAGUGCAAUAUUACGUGGUAGUGAAGGACAAAAUUUAUCAUUAGAUGUAUGGCAAGAUUUUCUUGGAGCACUUAGUGGAAAAAUAAAAACAGAAACACCUAUUCAUCCAAUUAAAAUACGAGAAGAAAUACGAAGAUAUGCAACAGAACAAAGAUUAUUAUCGAAACAAGAUAUUUAUGAUACUGCUCAAUUAUUGAGUAAACAUUUUAUGAUGGAACGUUUGCAGUAUGGAUUAUAUGGUUUAUAUCCAAAAUAUCGAGUAUACAAUGAGCCAUUAGUUAUGUUUCUUGGUAUGGUUGGUCAUGCUUUAGUUGUUUCAACAUUACAAAUUGACAGAGGCUCACUUGCCAAUCAAAUAUGUGAACAAAUAUGGCCAGUUUUAAGUGAAAUGUUUGCACCAUGGUUGACACCUUAUUGGACUAAAAAUUUAAGAGAACCAACAGCAGCAUGGAUUCAACAACUCACUGAUGACAGAUCUGUUCUUUUACCCUGGAUUACUUCUGAUGGUCCACAUGCAAAUCGUAUUGUUGCUAUAUUUGUUGAAUGCAUUAGAUUUAUUAUUGACACAUUGCCUGCAUCAAGUAAAAUUUUAUGUUUACUUUGGCAAUUUUAUGUUACAAAUUAUGCUCAUGCAUCAGUUAAAGAUCACAUUGUUAAUGUUAUUCAUGGAAAUUUAUUAACAUUAACAUGGGAUAAAUUUUCACCAGGUAUAAAUGAUGUUGAACUUAUGGUUAAAGUUAUUGAUCAAUAUUUGCCUGAUUGUCAUUUAUUCCUUGGUUCAAUAUUUACAUCAGUAAAUUGGACAAUUUGGAUUAAUGAGGUUGUUGCAACUCAACCACAUUCUGUUGCUGUUAGAAUGCACAUUUGUUUACUUAAUUUAUUUAUUAAAUUAUCAAAUGAGCCUAAUGUACGAGAUAAUGAAAAAGCUAUUCAGCUUGUUAUUGAAGCAACAAAAUUUUCAUGGCAUUUAGUAGAUGCAGUUGCCUAUGAUCAAGUUAUCAAUUGGUAUGUUAUGAGCUGUAAUCCUCGUGUUAUUUUAUCUUGCAAUGAUGAUAAUGAUGAUGAUAUUCAUCAACUUGACAUUGCAAUUAACAAUAUGAUGAAAAUUGUCGCUGCUUAUGAUCAGUCAGUAAGUAAUUUUCAUCCUAUGACAUUAAAAAAACGACAAUUAUAUGUACGUUCAUCAAUGAAACUCUUGAUGAAUUGUGCAAUAAGACAUAAAUCAUUAUUAACAACAAAUACAAAAGUAUUUAAAAACACAUUAACAGAUAUGUUAAAUGAAAUGGAAAUAAUAAUUAUUAAAACAGUGCCAGAAUUACAACAAGCAGCUGAAGCUGGUCUUCUUCUUACUGAAUUACUUGAAUCAAUGAAUCAUCAAAAAGGACCACUUAUUGAACAACUUCGAGAAAGUUGGAUAAAUUGGUUGAGUGUUAAAACAGCAUCAAGUCCAAUUCUUAUUGGUCUAUUACGUGUUAUUGGUAUGACUUUAUCAUCAUCCUCAAUAUUUGGUGAAAUUUUAGAGGCAUCACUAGAGUCAUAUUUUACAAAAAGUAUAACAUGUGAGAUAGAAACAAAUUGGGGAGCUGUAAUGAAUAUUCUUCAACCACUUGUUCCACGUCAGCCACCAAUUGAAACUGUUCUUAUUGCUGAUAAUCAAUUACUGGCUUUAUAUGCUGUUUUACUUAAAAAAUUACCAUUAUGCCGUGAUAUAAAAGACGAAGAAGUACUACUAGUCAAUUUAAUAGAUUGGAUUUCUAAUGUUAAACCAAUGGAAAAUAUACAAGAAAAACUUCCUCUUCUUUGGGCCAAGGCAUUUGAGCUGUCAUACAGACAGUGUCAGUAUAAUGAUAGUACUGUUGUUGUUGCACGUUCAUUAAAACAACUUGCACGAGCUUUAAUAACACUAGCAGAUAAUUCUGGUCAAGGCUGGGGUAUCCUUGGUGUUAUUGGUUUAAGAAAAAGCUCACAACUUUCAAUUAGAUUUAAAUUUAUUGCACGUGCUCUCAGUGUUUAUUGUCUAAUGCAAUUACCUGAGUCAAAAUCUGAGCAACCAAUUGUACGAUUUACUCCUCAUUCACCUGGAACAAUAAUGUCAUCAUCAAUGUCCCCGGAUUUAAUUAAUGAAGUACAACCAAAUCCAGAUGCAGUAAAGGGUAUACAAAAUUUAGAAACAAUGAUAACUAAUAAACAAUAUGGAGAAUUUAAAGAUGACAUUGAACUAGCUAUCAAGAUGAUUAAAGAUUCAGAAAAUUCACUUCAUAAUGCUGUUAGCAUUACUGGAAAACUUACAAUGCAACUUUACACAAAACAAUAUCUACAUAUUUUGAUAGACUAAUCAAUUAUUUUCUUAUUGAUUAUGCAAAGCUUUAAUAUCACUAAAUUUCAAUUUUUGAAAAUUAUAUUCAAGUCAACAAUGGCCUAGAAGUAGAUGAAAAUGGGUAGAGAGAAUGGGGGCAGUAUUUAUCUGUGAUUGAUUAAGGGCUGAGUGCAAAUAAUAUUAAUAAUAUCCAAAGGUAAAAGGUAAAUAUUUUUUCAUAGUUAGUUAUGGCACUGCUCGGCCUUAAUAAAGUUGUGAUUUAUUAGUAUUUAGUUAUUUUUUUAUUUUUAUUUUUCUAGUAAUAAAUUAAAUAUUAAAAAAAUUAUUAUUAUUAUUAUAAAAAUCAUUUUUUAUUUAUUUUAAAAACAAUGCAAAAAAUUUAAAUUGAAAUAAAUAAAUUAAUGUAACAAGUUAAUCACAAAAUAUAAAAUUUAUUAUAAUUACUUAAUUUGAUUAUUUAAUAUUAUCUGAAGAUUGUAAAAAUUUAGAUACUUCAUCUGUU